AUCCUGGAGCUUCAAGGUUUCUCUGUAUAUCACAGAUCUGGGUGUAUCAUAUAGGUUUUCACUUGAUGUAUGGUGCCCUAGUUAUAAAGACAUGGAGGAUAGCUUUUAUUUUCCGACCAGCAAGCAAAUUACAAAGAGUACAUUUACCAGACAAAGAACUUUUAAAACGAUUUUUACCGCCGAUGUGUGUUGUAACUGUAUACCUUCUAGCCUGGACGAUAUCGGUGAAAGGAACGACAGAAACAUUAGAAACUUCAAAUUUACUGAAGUAUGAUGUUUGUCUCAAAGGCUAUUGGCUUUAUGCUAUUCAGUGUGCUGAAGUAUGUCUUUUAUUGGUUGGUUGUUACAUGUGUUACCUGGUGAGAAAAGCACCUGGUCACUUCAAUGAAAGUAGAUACAUCACAUGGGCAGUGUAUAAUGGAAUAAUACUUGGCAGUUUUCUAUUGAUUCUAACACAUUUGAUUGGUCAUUCGUACGGACCAGAUUUGUUGUACCUAUUACAAGGGCUGAAGAUUCAGGCGUUUGUUACAAUAACUUUGACGUUAAUUUAUGUUCCAAAGUUAUCAGCAUUGUACAAAAAGGAAGAUAUCAAGAAAACCAAUGAUGCUUUCAAAAUAACAAAUGAAAACAAAUAUCUAAGGACAAAUGACUUUGAAGCUGCUCCAACAAAGUCGGUUGGUACUCAAACAAUUGAAAAUAUUACACCGAAUUCAAAGGAUAAACAAUUUUCUCUUUCCAAUUUAUCGUUGAGAGCCAAUAACAGAAUUGAACCUAUGGUUGAUCAUUUGGCUCUUCCUACAAUAUGAGCAAAAAGAAAAUAAAAGGAUUUCAGUACAGUUCCGGAAAAUAGAAUAUACA